AUGUUCAAAAGACCCCUAUCCAACCUACCACACUUAAAUCCCCUACCCAAACAAUUACGGGGUACUAUCCGUCCCCUCAACACAGAAACAAAGAAACAAAAUUCCCUCCCAGCAGCCUACUACCGCGGCGGCACCUCACGCGCAGUAUUCUUCAAGCAAUCAGACCUCCCCCCUUCAAAAACAGACUGGGCCCCAAUAUUCCGCAAUGUCCUCGGCAGUCCAGACCCGUACGGUCGCCAACUCGACGGACUAGGCGGCGGAAUAUCAAGUUUAUCAAAGGUGUGCGUAGUAGGCGCGCCGACGCAUGCCGAUGCAGAUGUCGAUUAUACAUUUGUUUCUCUCGGGAUUCAGAAUUCCGAUGUUGAUUAUUCGAGUAAUUGUGGGAAUAUGAUUAGUGCUGUUGGGCCGUUUGCCGUUGAUUCGCGGUUGUUUCCGGUGAGUGCGCGUGAGGCUGCCGAGGUGCGCAUUCAUAAUACGAAUACUGGAAAGAUCAUCCGGUCAACGUUUCCUGUUGUUGGAGGUGAGGCUGCUGCCAGUGGUGACUUUGCUAUUGAUGGUGUGGCUGGGACGGCUGCGCGUGUACAAUUGGAUUUUGUUCAUCCUGCUGGCUCUGUUACGGGGACUUUGUUGCCUACGAGUAAUGUGACGGAUGAAUUUGAUGGGGUUACGGCUACGUGUAUCGAUGUUGGGAAUCCGUGUGUUUUUGUUCGGGCGUCUGAUCUUGGUGUGGAGGGGGAUUUGACGCCGGAGGAUAUUGCUGCUCACGCAGAUUUGUUGCCGCGCUUGGAUUCUAUUCGACGACAGGCGGGGGUUAAGAUGGGCAUUGCGGAUUGGGUUGAGAGUGUGCCGGGGAGUGUGCCGAAGAUUUGUAUGGUUGCUAAGCCUUCUGUCACUGAUGUGUGUGGUGGAGAGUUGAAGCAGACGUGUGAUGAUGUUGAUCUUCUUGCGAGGGCUCUUUCUGUUGGGCAGCCGCAUAAGGCUGUUCCGAUUACUGUUGCUUUGGCUCUUGCUGCCGCUGCUCGUGUUUCUGGGAGUACCGUUGCUGGGGUUGUUGAUGGGCCGCCUGUCGAUGGGGCUGGUAUCACGAUUGGACAUGCCAGUGGGAACCUUCUGGUUGGUGCCAAUUUUGAUGCUGACGGGGCGUUGACUUCUGCUACGGUCUUUCGGACGGCUCGUCGUCUGUUUGAGGGGAGAAUAUAUUGGAAGAAUGAUUCUUGA